AUGAUUGAAACAGAAGUAGAUAUUGCCAAGAAACAGGUAGUUAAACAAGAAUCAACAACACCUUUGGAAGUAAAGGUUUGUGAAGAAGACAAGAAUUCAAAGAUAGUUAAAACAUGCGAUGUGUGUACCGAAGAAAUUGAAACAGUAUAUAAUUUAGAAUGUGAACAUAAAUAUUGUCAAACAUGCUUACAGAGGUUAUUUACGGACCCAACAUACGUUUUUCCUAUUAGAUGUUGUAACAAAGAGAUUAGUUUAGAUUUUGUUAUUAACAUACUUACACCUGAAGAAACGCAACCGAUAAUUCAAAGAGCUGGAGAAGCUUCACAUAGAUUAUUCUGUCCAACUCCAGGAUGUGAACGGCCUAUUCAUGUUACAGCAAAAUCCGAAAUAUCGGCAUGCCCAGAUUGUAGGAAAGAUAUUUGCGUUAAAUGUAGAUCUCAUGCGCAUCCUAAUAAAAAGUGUUGGAAAGGGAAAAAUGAAAAACGAUUUAAGAAGAUCACGGAAAAACGCGGAUGGCGUCAAUGUACAGUUUGUGGGGUUUUUAUUGAACGGAGAGGAGGGUGUAAAAAUAUUCAUUGCCCUUGUGGCAACACUUUUUGUUAUCAUUGUGGCAAACAAAUUUGUAAAUGUAUAAUUGGUAGAAGUUGGGCAAGAAAGAUAAAACAAACAUUCUGGAAAGUCGUAGGAUUUUAG